AUGAAAGCAAAGAAAUUAAAUAUAAAAUCACAGUUGAAACCGACGUUCGUUAUGAUGAAGGAAUUCCCUCUUAUUGAUGUUCCUCUCAUUUGGUUUCGGGUUUUGUGUAGUGCAUCUAUCACGCCAAAUUUUGAUCUUGACUCGAACGAACCCGACAACCAAUCAAUCACUCCGGUACAAUCGGCAGAAACGAUAGAACAAGAAGCCGAGAACAAGUUUGGUGAUGAUGAAACAGCAACACACUCUAGCGCUUGA